UAAACCCGGAGAAUGCAGUGCACUGGUCAACCUUGCCGGGCAAAGCUGCUUUUAGACAAAAGAUGCAUUUAGCUCCGGUGAUCAAAACGUCGUGAUUCCACAGUUCCAGCUCUUUCAUCUCUCCUUUGAACUCCUGAUCCUCCGUCCACACGUGCUGUUUCCACCUGCCAUGUCGCUUCACGGCGCCUCAGACUGCUUUCCUCCCAGCGAUGCUCCAGCUCUGCGCUUGUGCCGAAGAAGCGAGAGUUCUGACGAUGAUGAGAGGAGGCUGAAGAGAAGAGAGAAAAACCGAGUGGCCGCACAAAGGAGCCGCAAAAGACAGACCCAGAGAGCCGAUGAGCUGCACGAGGCGUAUGAGUGCUUGGAGCAGCAGAACAGCUUGCUGAAGAAGGAGGUUCAGCUGCUGCUUGAGGAACAGAAACGUCUGGCGGAGGCCCUCCAGUCCCAUGAGCCUCUGUGCCCCAUUCUAAACAGCGGCGUGAUCUCGGCACCGAGGACCAUUGAUGUAAUCUCUCCUUGAAUUUACUGUCAGACAAGAUAAUAGUCGUCAUUUACCGUCUUCAGUGUGUUCGUAACCCGUGUUCUGUACUGUUAAAUGCACAUGUUUAUGUACUAAUGGCCAGUUUUGCCUUCUUAAAUGUUUUGCUGCUUAAAAAUGCCGUUUGGAUUCUAUCUGGAUCAUCUAGAUGUUUUCAUUUUUAGAGUACGAGUGUCAAAAAUGAGUGUCAAAUAUUUUUUCUUUACUUUUGGCUGAAUGACGUGUGAUAUUUCGGUUUCGCUUUGACACAACAGGAAACACAUUGUGUCAGAUAGUAUUCCAGCUCACGUGAAAUUAAUUCUUUAUUAUGACUGAGCUCUGACAGACCACCUAACCACUAACCAGUCUGUCUGGUGCACCGCUGCAGUUUAGAUGCUUUGGACGAAUGCCACAAGAAAAAAACACUUCUGCUUUAGACCAAGCAACUCGACCAAAAUAUCCUUUCAGUGUUUCGGGACAUCAUGAGCCGCGUUCACCGUGUGUUUGGCUGUUUAUGUUACAGUUGCUUUUUAAAUGAAUUGUUGAAAUGAGUUAAGAAAUGAACCAGUGAAUGAAUGUUUUAGUCGUUUCUCCAUGUUUGUCAUGAGCAACACGUCUGUGCUCAUGCAAACUUGUUCUAUGCAGAUUACAUGAACUAUAUAUUUGUAUUUUUGAAUAAAGUGGAUGUUGAUUAAAGGGCUCAUAUCCUA